AUGUCCGACAAGAAGCGGGAAUCGCUUGCAUCCAAGAUCGACGAGGUUGCGCGCAACCAGAUCUGGCGUGAACAACUCAAGACUGAGUAUGAAAUGGAAAGCGCGCUGACACCGUUCCAGCUCAACCCGAAAACACUGAGCUCCAUCACGCUAAAACCAACACAGACCCAUCCAGCAGACUUCGGUAAGACUCAAGAUGACCAUGACACUCGAGAACUUGCAGCCAAACUCCGUGAAGUCUCCAAGCGUCCAAUGGAGAAACACGCCCUGCCCAUGACUGAAGCGCAGCGUGUAGGAUGGCUGCAUGAUAUGGCAAGCAAGGGAAUGCGAGCGGACAUGCACAACCGAAUGUUCAAGGGCCGUGGCAGCUGCGACGUCACCAAAUUCGCCGACACCUACUGCACGAUGGCCGGCUGCAGUCCGUUCGCAGACAAGUCGACUCGCUGA